AUGUCUUCUGCUGAAACCUGGUUACAAAUAUUGGAUAACCCAACGCUGACUGUUCUGCCUCAUGACUACUUACGUCCACAGGAGGAACCAUUUGCAGAAGAGGCGGAGUACAUUCUACAACUGCCACAGUUGGAUCUCCCAUCAGUCCCUGCAAAUAUCAGUGAUAAGUAUAUCGUCGCCCUUAGUGUAUGGGCCACGCUGAUGUACAGAGUAUCUGCAGACGACGACAUUGUUUUGUACAUUAGCAACAAUAAAGUCUUAAGAUUUACUAUUCAGCCAACUUGGUCAUUCAAUGAGUUAUACAGUACAAUAUCUGAAGAAAUCGGAAAAGUCGCUGAAUUACAAGACAUUUCCUUCGACAGUCUUGCAGAAAAGUUGCAAGCUUCGAACGAACUAGAAAAAGCACCCCAACUAUUCAGACUGGGUUUUGUUGAAAACCAAAGAGUUAGAUUGGAACAGUUCAACCACCACAGACUAGACUUGGUCAUAAAUUUGGACAAUAAAUCGGGGCAUCAUUUGUUACAAUUGACGUAUAAUAAGCUACUAUAUUCUGAAGCCAGAAUUAAAGUGGUGGCCGAUCAAUUCACGCAACUCCUAAGUGCACUACUUAACGACCCUUCGACCUGCAUCACAAAAAUCUCCAUGAUCACAUCUUCCUCGCAGGGUGUGUUGCCAGAUCCCACCACAAACCUUGGUUGGUGUGAUUUUGUUGGAUGCAUUCACGACAUUUUCCAAGACAACGCUGAAAAAUUUCCCGAAAGAACCUGUGUUGUUGAGACCGGUCCAGUUGAUUCCAAAAAUCCUUCUCGUGUUUUCACUUACAAAGAUAUCAACAGGGCAUCCAACGUUGUUGCCCAUUACUUGAUCAAAACCGAGAUUCAAAAAGGCGAUGUUGUCAUGAUUUAUUCCUCGAGAGGUGUUGAUUUGAUGGUUUGUGUAAUGGGUGUAUUAAAAGCUGGUGCAACCUUUUCGGUAAUCGACCCUGCUUACCCACCAGCUAGGCAAACCAUUUAUCUAGGUGUCGCCAAACCAAGAGGUUUGAUCGUGAUCAGAUCUGCUGGGAAAUUGGACCAACUAGUAGAAGACUACAUCACCAGAGAGUUGGAUGUCAUUACACGCAUUCCCUCCAUUGCCAUCCAAGAUGACGCGUCCUUACAAGGCUCUUUGGAUAAAUCCAAUGAUGUUUUGCUUCCCUAUCAGGAAUUGAAGGAUACUCGUACCGGUGUAGUGGUUGGUCCGGACUCUAAUCCAACUCUAUCAUUCACCUCUGGUUCCGAAGGUAUUCCAAAAGGUGUUCUAGGGAGACAUUUCUCAUUAGCAUAUUACUUCAGCUGGAUGGCUAAACAGUUCCAUCUUUCAGAAAAUGAUAAAUUCACUAUGCUAAGUGGUAUUGCUCAUGACCCUAUUCAAAGAGACAUGUUCACACCGCUGUUUUUGGGGGCUCAACUUUACGUACCCACGGAAGAUGAUAUAGGUACGCCAGGGAAACUAGCCGAAUGGAUGGGUACCUAUAACUGUACCGUUACCCACUUGACCCCAGCAAUGGGUCAACUACUAACAGCUCAGGCCACAGUGCCAUUUCCUAAACUGCACCAUGCCUUCUUUGUCGGCGAUAUUCUAACCAAGCGUGAUUGUUUGCGGUUACAAACAUUAGCCGAAAAUUGUUGCAUUGUUAACAUGUACGGUACCACAGAAACCCAACGUGCCGUUUCUUUCUUCGAAGUCCACUCAAGGCGCGAAGAACCUACCUUUUUGAAGAAAUUGAAGGAUGUCAUGCCUGCUGGUAAAGGGAUGAAAAAUGUCCAACUGCUGGUGGUAAACAGGAACGACCGUACUCAAAUUUGUGGGGUUGGAGAAGUGGGUGAAAUUUAUGUGCGCGCUGGUGGCCUAGCUGAGGGGUACAGAGGGUUGCCUGACUUGAACAAAGAGAAGUUUGUUAACAAUUGGUUUGUUGAUAAGAACCAUUGGGACCAUCUAGAUAAAAAUAACAAUGAACCAUGGAGGGAAUUCUGGUAUGGUCCAAGAGACAGGCUUUAUAGAACUGGUGACUUGGGUCGUUACUUACCGGACGGAAAUUGUGAAUGCUGCGGUAGAGCGGAUGAUCAAGUCAAAAUCAGAGGGUUCAGAAUCGAGCUAGGUGAAAUUGACACUCAUAUAUCCCAACAUCCCCUAGUGAGAGAAAAUAUCACAUUGGUUCGUAACAAUGCGGACGGUGAAAAAACUCUCAUUACCUUUAUGGUACCAAGAUUUGAUAAAUCAGAAGAGCUAUCUAAGUUCCAAACUCCAGUUCCAGAAACGCUAUUGUCGGACCAGACUGUUAAGGGCUUAGUCAGCUACCAUUUAUUGGCUAAAGACAUUAAAUCAUUUUUGAAAAAGAGACUGGCAAGUUAUGCAAUGCCAUCUUUGAUUGUUGUUUGGGACAAAUUACCUUUGAAUCCCAACGGUAAGGUUGAUAAACCUAAACUACAAUUUCCCUCCAACAAGCAAUUGGAUCUGGUUGCUGCUAACGUGUCGUCCGAGAUCGAUGAAUCUGAAUUCAGUGAUACGGAAAGAGAAGUUCGCGAUCUAUGGUUAAACGUUCUACCUACAAAACCGGCAUCCGUGUCUGUUGAGGACUCAUUUUUCGAUCUUGGCGGGCAUUCUAUUUUGGCCACCAAAAUGAUCUUCACUUUGAAGAAGAAGUUGAAUAUCGACCUUCCAUUGGGUACAAUUUUCAAAUAUCCAACAAUCAAGGCUUUUGCCGCUGAAUUGAAUCGUAUAAGACAGCCUGGUGGACAGACUCCAGAAUCAGAGACGGACACAGUAGACUACAGCGCUGAUGCCAGGAACCUAGUUCAGACUCUUCCAGCUACUUAUGCAUCUCGUCCUGACUUCAACAUUUCUGAACCACAGACCAUCAAUGUUUUCGUUACUGGUGCUACUGGUUUCUUGGGUUCCUACAUUGUUUCCAAUUUGUUAAACCGUUCGAAUGAAACUACCAAAUUUAAAGUGUUUGCUCAUGUGCGUGCAAAGGACGUGAAAUCUGGUUUAGAAAGAUUGACCAAAGCCGGCACUGCCUACGGGACUUGGUCGGACAACUUUGCUCAAAACGUUGAAGUUAUUUUGGGUGAUUUGUCUAAGAGUAAUUUUGGUUUACCUACUGAUCAGUGGAAAGAGUUAACUGAGACUAUUGACGUAAUCAUCCAUAAUGGUGCAAUGGUCCACUGGGUGUUCCCAUACGCUAAAAUGAGGGAUGCUAAUGUUAUAUCGACUAUCAACGUUAUGAAUUUGGCUGCAUCUGGUAAGCCAAAAUUCUUUGAUUUUGUCUCAUCGACUUCUACAUUGGACACCAAACACUACUUUGACCUGUCUGAUAGAUUGGUUGCUGAGGGGAAAAGUGGUAUCCUUGAGUCCGAUGAUUUGGCUGGAUCAUCUAAGGGUCUAGGUGGAGGUUACGGGCAAUCGAAAUGGGCCGCCGAGUACAUAAUUAGACGUGCUGGUGAAAGAGGCUUACGUGGGUGUAUUGUCAGACCUGGUUAUGUUACUGGCUACUCCAAGAACGGUUCCUGUAACACUGAUGACUUUUUGUUAAGAUGCUUGAAGAGUGCUGUCCAAUUGGGCAAGAUCCCUGACAUUGACAAUACCGUCAACAUGGUACCUGUUGACCAUGUUGCCCAAGUGGUUGUGUCAACGUCGUUAAACCCACCAGAAAAGAAGGCAGUUGCCGUUGCUCACGUUACCGCCCACCCACGUAUUCUGUUCAAAGAUUACCUGUACACUUUGAAAAAAUAUGGCUACGAUGUUGAAAUCGAGGAUUAUAGCUCAUGGUGUCAAGAUUUGGAGCAUUCUAUUAUGCAGGAACACCAGGAUAAUGCAUUAUAUCCAUUACUACACAUGGUGCUUGAUAACCUACCUGAAAACACCAAAGCUCCUGAACUUGAUGAUAGAAAUGCUAUAAAAUCGUUGAACGCUGAUGCAACCUGGACAGGAACCAACCAUUCUGCAGGUGCUGGCGCCACUCCGGAGCAAAUAGGGAUCUAUAUCUCGUUUUUGAACAAAGUCGGUUAUUUGCCAUCUCUGGAAAGAGCAGGAGGCGCUCCGCUGCCCGAAAUUUCUGUCCAACAAGCACAAGUUGAACUUGUUGCAUCUGGUGCUGGUGCUCGUUCUACUGCGACCUCAACUUAG